GCGACCCGCUUCCGCGUGCGUGUGUGGGUGCCGGACGGGGCGGCUGCAGCCGGUGCUUGGAGGAUGGCUUCGCUACCGCUGCAGCUGGUGGUGCUCGGCGCGGUGCUCGGCGCGGCGCUGGCGGCCGCAGCCCUGAUACUGCUACCAGUUAACCUGAAAUACUGUUCAUAUAUAAAAGAUUUCCUUUGUUGCAUUUGUAACUGCUACAGAAAUGCCACCUCUUCAUCGACAUGAAGAAGAGAAGUUCUUCUUAAAUGCCAGAGGACAGAAGGAAACUCUACCCAGCAUAAGGGACUCACCUACUAAACAGCUUUCUAUUGUUGUGCCUUCAUACAAUGAAGAAAAGCGGUUGCCUAUAAUGAUGGAUGAAGCUCUGGGCUAUCUAGAAGAGAGACAGAAACAAGAUCCUACUUUUACUUAUGAGGUGAUAGUAGUAGAUGAUGGCAGCAAAGACCAGACUUCGAAGGUAGCUUUUAAAUAUUGCCAGAAAUAUGGAAGUGACAAAAUACGAGUGAUAACACUGGUGAAGAAUCGUGGGAAAGGUGGAGCUAUUAAAAUGGGUAUAUUCAGUUCUCGAGGAGAAAAGAUCCUUAUGGCAGAUGCUGAUGGAGCCACAAAGUUUCCAGAUGUUGAGAAAUUAGAAAAGGGACUUAAUGAUCUACAGCCUUGGCCUCGUUCUUACUUCCGUACUCUGCUCAUGUAUGGAUUCCACUUCCUGGUGUGGUUCCUUUGUGUCAAAGGAAUCAGGGACACACAGUGUGGGUUCAAAUUAUUAACUCGAGAAGCAGCUUUACGGACGUUUUCAUCUCUACACAUUGAACGAUGGGCAUUUGAUGUAGAACUGCUUUACAUAGCACAGUUCUUUAAAAUUCCAAUAGCAGAAAUUGCUGUCAAUUGGACUGAAAUUGAAGGGUGUCCCAGAGACCGUGCCAUCUUGAAGGGGAGAGCAGCCUCACCUCCACCUGGGGAGACCUCGGAUGCCACCCGGGAGCCUACAGCCACACCAACCAGGGACCUGCUGCCUCAGCUGCGAACCCAGGAAAGCCGAGACUCCAGCCUCCCCGGCAGCAGGCUCCUAAGGAGUUUGUCCAGAGGGAGACAAAAUGGCGGCCAAGUAGGCGGACAUGUCCUGCGCCUUCUCACGGAGCAGAUAGAAGAAACAGCUGAAUUGAAUAACAUCCACCCAUAAUUGGCAAACUAAACACAGCUGGUGGGACAAUCCAUGGCUGGAAAGGACGAGGAAUGGGGAACUGGGCUGGAGAGAGAGAA